AUGAUGAGGUUAGACACCUUCUUGAUUCUGAUCUCUAUUUUAAGUGAGGUCACCCUGACACUAGUUGAUUCAUCACAUGUCAUUUCGAGCGAUUGCCAACCCACAUGUGGAAAUAUUACGAUCCCUUACCCUUUCGGUGUUAACAAUGAGGGUUGCUAUCUCAACGAAUACUACAAAAUCGAAUGUCUGAAAAACUCAACGGGCGUCGGCGAAUACCCGGUCCUUUCCAAGUUCAACAUGACUGUUGUGAAUAUCUUUCUCCCACAAGAUAGUUAUGGCGGCUCUCAACCUUUUGCGUCACUCCGUGUCAGAAUCCCGGUAACGUCAAUGGGAUGUUCCAUCGAUGGAAAAGAGAUUGGUCGGUCUUUAAAUUUAACGGGAAGCCCUUAUUUCUUUGAGAAAGAAAACUACCUCGUAGCGGUCGGUUGCAAAGGUAAAGCAUCGUUGACGAACAUUGAGCCAAACAAGGUGGUAUGCGACUUAGAUUGCACUUCUAAAACAGAGGUUCAUAGCAAUAACAACAUUCCUUUUAUUGACAACACUGGGUGUUCCAACAUCACAUUGCCCCUUCCGGGCAACGAAGUUUGUACAGAAAGCCAAGCAGGCUGUGACGGUAAUAAAUGCUGCCGGACAGAUAUGCCUUCAGACCGUCAACAGGUCAUUGGUGUCAAAAUAGAGAGAAAUGAGGAGAACUCGGCAAAAGAAGAGUGCAGAGUCGCCUUCCUAACUGAUGAAAGGUACACUAAGUCCAACGGAACAAAUCCCAUGCCUUUAUUUGUUAAGGGGUAUUCGACGGUUAAGUUAGGAUGGGUCAUACAGACUAACAAUCUUUCAUUCCUAAACUCCUUAAGCUGCAAAACCAGAAACAAGAACACGAAUACGUUUGCUACUCCCAAUAUAAGCUGUGUAUGCGACAAUAGUACCAUUUUUGAGACUAGUUAUGCAAGUUGUGGAUGCAACAGGGGCUACACAGGUAACGCAUAUAUCUUAAACGGAUGCGAAGAUGUCGAUGAAUGCAGCCCCGAAAACAAGAAUUACUGUAGACAAAGUGACACUUGUGUAAAUGUGCCGGGAGAAUAUGAUUGUGUGGCCGAUAAGACUAAAGCAAUAAUCGCAGGGGUUGGUGCAGGUUUCGGUGUCUUAGUCCUUGUAUGCGCGAUAUGGUGGUUGAGAAAAUUUUUAAUAAGGAGAAGGAAAAUAAGGCGACAGAGGGUUUUUUUCAAACGUAACGGAGGUCUAUUAUUGCAACAACAAUUAUAUACAAGAGAAGGCAAUGUGGAGAAUACAAAAAUAUUCAGCUCUAGAACGUUGGAGAAAGCCACAGAAAACUUCAGUGAAAACAGGAUUCUUGGGCAGGGUGGCCAAGGAACUGUUUACAAGGGAAUGCUGGUAGAUGGUAGAACUGUUGCAGUCAAGAAAUCUAAAAUGGUAGAUGAAGAUAAACUAGAAGAAUUCAUUAAUGAGGUUGUCAUUCUCUCCCAAAUCAACCAUAGACAUGUCGUGAAGCUCCUUGGAUGUUGUCUUGAGACAGAGGUUCCUAUUCUCGUUUACGAGUUUAUCCCCAAUGGAAACCUCUUCCAGCAUAUCCAUGAAGAGUUUGAUGAUUACACUAUGAUAUGGGGUGUACGUAUGUGCGUUGCUGUGGAUAUAGCAGGAGCUCUUUCCUAUCUUCACUAUGCUGCAUGCUCCCCAAUUUACCACAGAGACAUCAAGUCAACAAAUAUAUUACUUGAUGAAAAGUACCGAGCAAAAGUAUCUGAUUUUGGUACUUCAAGAUCAAUAACCGUGGAUCAAACUCAUUGGACAACAGUUGUUUCAGGUACAGUAGGAUAUGUGGAUCCAGAGUAUUAUGGAUCUAGCCAAUACACUGACAAGAGUGAUGUUUACAGCUUUGGGGUUGUCCUUGCUGAGCUUAUAACAGGGGAGAAACCUGUUGUAACCCUUUUGAAUUCUCAAGAAAUAAAGGGUUUGGCAGAUUAUUUCAGAGUUGCCAUGAAAGAGAACAGAUUACUUGAUAUCAUCGAUGCUCGAAUAAGAGAUGGUUGCAAAACAAAACAAGUAGUGGCAGUGGCAAAUCUGGCGAAAAGGUGUUUGAACUCAAAGGGAAAGAAGCGGCCAAACAUGAGACAAGUGUUUACCGAGUUGGAAAAGAUUUGUUUAUUGUCAGAGGAUGCACAUAUACAGAUGUUCAACCAUUGUUUCCUCGUCCAACAUGGUGACCAGAGUCGAAUACAUUAUGAUGAAUUUUUAACAUGGUGA